AUACAGUAAGUUUUGUGUCCGAACGUGAUCUACUGAUUCAGGGGUGCUGGUUUUGUCGCCAUUCGCCCUUCUCAUCGCCACGGCUCCAUGAAGGGGCGGGUCUAACCCCCAAACUGGCGUUAAAAAGGAUACCAUGCUAAUAAACAGUUAUCCAGUGUGCUCUCAGUGUUGUUUUUCAGGAUGAAUGUGCAAGACGAUGUGAUAAUUUAACACACGACGAUUAAGAUAAAAAUGCGCAAGGAGCUACGAUGUAUCGAUUUUUUUGUAUCGAUCCUUUUGAUUGCUGCAAGUUGUGCCCAUGGUCAUCAGUCAAAGAACCACUCAGAGAUUGAUAAUCCUGUGGUGGAGUUUUUAAACGCCAAGAAUGAACAGCCACUUCGCCGGAUCAAUGUCAAUGAGCACUUCGACCCUUUAAGCAACAAUCAGCUCAAAGCAGAACUCUUCUCAACGGACAGUUGCGAGGUAAAGGAUGGCCAUUACAGCUGCUGCACCAUUCUCAAGCUGGCAGCUAUGGAUGUUCGUGAGCCGGUUUGCAUCGACUUUUCACCAAAAAAUCGAUCUACCGAGAUUUCUACCUUAAAAGAGAACGUGGAGCUGUUUGAAACCACUUUAAGUGUUGGGAUGACACGAGCUUCGAUGACACAACGGUUUGAUUUAAAACCAGGAGAUUACUUGCAAAAUAUCUCGUUUCCACUUUGCAUACCAUGGUUCCCUGUCAUAACGGUUUGCGUGAAUGUUCACAACAUAACUUACGAUUUCACAAAUAUGUCAAUUAGAAGUUGUUUUAUGCUAACUGUUGGAAUCGUAAAUUUCCCGAUAAAUUUGUUUGCUCUAGAUUUAGAUUGUAUAAAGUAUGCAAACCGAACAAUCGUCAAAGAGCCGCUGAACCAUCAAACACUCCAGUCAAAUCAAACUGUUAAACCACAUGAGUUGGAUUAUCCAAACAAAGAACAUUCAACAUUUAAUUCACAGAUAAGUGAUUUACGGCCAAAUGUCGUACAAAACAGUCAUCGCAAAGGGGUUUACUUUGAGGAUCGUCCUAAAAGAAGUAUGUCCUCGGUGCAAUCUUCUCCAGACCGAACGACGGAUCCAAGUAUGAAUUCACAUCUAUCUUCUCUUCCGCCAAAACAAUUUAAGCAAAAUAAUAUUACAACAUCAGACUUGAAAAAGAUCAAGCGCUCCCCUCAAUCACAGGAUCCUCGCCCGGUGGGGCAACCCGCCAUCCCUCUGAGACAACUAGAAACGCGCAAAGAGAAGCGGGACGUGCCCAAACUUCCUCCUAGAAGAGAAUAUCUACCAGAUGACCACAGACUUCGUAAUCGGCAGCAGCAAUCUAGACAGUUCCUCGCCGUAUUGAAUCUUGAAAGGACUUGGCCCCAUCAAUUCUUCAUCAGAUGAAAAUUAACUUGACCUGAAACUGACUUCAGGUAUACAUGGUAAUUUCUUUCUCAUCAAAUUUCUCAUAUACCUAUUUUAAGCCGAGCUGUUUACCUGAUGGGUCAUGAUAUUGAACAUCAUCGAAAGACUCAAUCUCCCCUUUUCUGAUGUAUGUUCCACCUUAUGUAAUUCAAUAUUUCAGUAAUGUUUCGAAAUUGGCCGUAUGAUGAGACGGACGAUAUUUACCGGAGUGAGGAAUGCGAAUUUAGCUUUGAAUCUAUUAGGAACGUACCAUAGAAAUUGACGUAGGUGUCAAAAAGUUAUCAAUAUGGUCACAAAUUACUUAAAGAUUAUUAUGUGUUAUACGGCACUAUCACGAAACUUUUCUCCGUUCGUGGACGUUUCCAUUUAUCGAAAAUAGAAUUUAAUUAAACUUGCCCAUUUGAAUUA